AUGGCCCUCGUCAAUGUCGAAGUUAAACCCGAACCCUUCAAAGAGCCUCCCGCUGUCUGCAUUACCCCUUGCGAUCCAUGGCCAGCACCAUACUACCUGGAGGGUGGAUUUCGCCGCGUCGCGCCCUACCACUACACCUACAACACUAAUUGCAAGGAGCGGUGGCGCGGUCGUAAUUUGGAGGAUAUCUUCACAUCGGAGUUUCGAGACAGGAGACCAGACUAUUAUCGAUGGGCACUCGACCAAGGUCUCGUCGCCGUGAAUGGUAAGCCUGCGGCCCGCGACACGAUCAUCAAGAACGGCCAGGUUAUCUCGCACACUUGCCACCGUCAUGAACCUCCCGUCUCGUCGCAACCAAUUGGUAUCAUCCACGAAAGCGACGACCUCAUCGUAAUCGACAAGCCCGCAGGUGUGCCCGUCCACUCCGCCGGCCGAUACCACUUUAACUCCGUCGUCGAGAUCCUCCGCGCAGAGCGCGGCCAUGGCUUCCUGCCGCGGCCCUGCAACCGUCUCGACCGUCUCACUUCAGGCGUGAUGUUUAUCGGAAAGGAUGCCAAGGGUGCAGAGAGGAUGGCAACCAAGUUGAAGGAGCGCUCCGUGCAGAAGGAAUACGUCGCACGAGUCAAGGGCAAGUUCCCCGAUGGCGUGGUGGUCUGCGAUCAGCCCAUUAUGCAGGUUAGUCCCAAGCUGGGACUAAAUCGCGUGCGCGCCACCGGUAAAACGGCUACCACCAAGUUCCGCCGAUUGGCAUACUAUCCUCCCCAGUCGGAACAGCCCACUCCCCCUGCGUCCGAGGCCAACGGCGAUGUACUCCGCCCUGCAACCCCGCCUCCGGCUCUGUCCAAUGAAACAGAGGGCUACAGUAUCGUCCACUGCUUCCCCCUCACAGGACGUACGCAUCAGAUCCGAGUCCACCUCCAGUUCCUGGGUCAUCCUAUCUCCAACGAUCCCAUCUACUCUAACCGUCGCGUAUUCGGGCCUGAAUUGGCCAAGAACGAGUCGCACGGUCAGCGUGAUGAGGAGAUUAUGGAACGGCUGAACCGGAUGGGUAAGACUGAGUUGCCUGAUACGGUUUCUUACCGCCACCACUUUAUGGCUUCGCCGGAUGUGCCGCCUGACACCGACCCGGCUAUUCUGGCGCAGCUCCUCGAGCGCGAGCAGAAGGCCGCUGCGGAGGAUUACUCUAUUCGCAAGGGUGAGCGUCUGUCCGGUGCUCUUUGUGAGGUCUGUGAUACGGAGUUGUACUCUGAUCCGGGUCCCCACGAGCUUGGUAUCUUCUUGCAUGCUGUUGCCUAUGCUGAUCUUGAGGGUGACUGGUCGUACCGGAGUGCCAUGCCCAGCUGGGGAAUGCCGCCGUUUGGUCUUCUUGGUCCUCGUGAGGUUCCUGAUUGGGUUCCUGCCGCUGAUGGUGAAGAGACUGUUAUCGGACACGGCACUGUUCCGCCUGAGAUCGGUGUUGAUGAUGAUGGUGUAGUCGCCGAGGGAACUAAGCUUCCUACUGGGCCUGUUCUACUUGAGGGUGUUGGCCUCGUGGAUAUGUCUUCCCUGGAUACCACACCUGCCCCAGAGGCUGCUGAGCUGGUACCUCCCGUGGCGCAGUAA